AUGUCUUUGAAAGAGAGCAUAGACAAGGCCACGUCGGCCGAGCUGACCGAGGACGAUUUCGGGCUAUUGCUGGACGUCGUCGACAUCGUUAAGAGCGACGCCGACACAAACAUCGAGGAGUCUGUCGACAUCAUUAAAACCAAGCUGGAGUCCAACAACGCCAACGUUAUUCUGCGCAGUGUGUCGCUGUUGGACUUUUUGGCGGAGAACUGCGGCGCCAUGAUGCGCGGCCAGAUUGCCAAGCGGUCAUUUGUCAACAAUUACCUUGUCAAGCUGGUGAACGACCCGAAAAUGCACAAUUCCAUCAAGUACGCAGUCAUCAAGGAGAUCUACAAGCUAAGCAAGAGUUUCAAGGGCGAUGAGUCACUCCGUGCGAUGGAGGACAGUUUCAAAGAGCUGCAGAAGAAGUAUCUGUAUUUGUGCCAGCAGGCGGUUUCUGAGGUUGACGGCACUCCGAAGCCUGCUAGUGGCGAGGAGGACGAGGAGCUUAGAAAGGCGAUUGAGAUGUCGCUGAGGGAGACGGGCCCGCCGUUCAGCGAACGCCAGAGCACUACUGUGGCUGAGCAGGCGUUCAACGUGCCUGCUGCGGCGCCAGAACACGCGCAAGCCCCAGCCCCAGCCCCAGUUCCUGCUCCAGAAAAGGUGCGUGCUCUGUAUGAUCUGCAGUCAAACGACGACGAUACGCUCUCGUUUAAGAAGGAUGACAUCAUCGUCGUUGUUGAGAAGGUCAACGACGACUGGAUUCGAGGCUGUCUGAACGGGAAUUUGGGCAUUGUGCCUGUGAACUACGUCGAAAAGGUGCCGCAGGCGACAGAGCGCGAAUUA